UCUUUCCGGAGACGUUGCUUACAUUGCCCCUAUUUACCCUUAUUUUCCUCGACUUUCUUAAACGUGUACUAUUUUGCUUCAAAACACGAUGGGGCGAUAAAUAUAUGUUAUCCACAUCAAGUAAUGGUGCCGUGUUCGAAAACAAGUCUUUCUGGAGACGUUGCUUACAUUUUUCGUACUUGCACCUAUUUACCCUUAUUUUUCUCGACUUUCUUAAAAGUGUACCGUUUUGCUUCAAAACACAAUGGGGCGAUAAAUAUAUGUUAUCCACAUCAAAUAAUGGUGCCGUGUUCGAAAACAAGUCUUUUCGGAGACGUUGCUUACAUUUUUCGAACUUGCCCCUAUUUACCCUUAUUUUUCUCGACUUUCUUAAACGUGUACCAUUUUGCUUCAAAACACGAUGGGGCAAUAAAUAUAUGUUAUCCACAUCAAAUAAUGGUGUCGUGUUCGAAAACAAGUCUUUUCGGAGACUUUCCAUUGCCCAGGAGGUGGACGCCAGCAUCAGGGGGGAGGCCAUCCAUGAUCGUCCUCAGCCAUUCGCUCCCGCCCAGUCAUCUACAGCUCCACCAACUCUACCCGCUGCCCAGCCGACGAAGGAGAAGAAGAGGAAGGGGAAGGGCGCACAGACCGACUGGAGGACCCGACAGAGGCAGCAGCAGGUUCCACAGUGCCCCACAUGCGGACGUUUUCACCGAGGCGAGUGUCGCUUCGGCCAGGAUAUAUGUUACUACUGUCACGAGCCCGGACACUUUGCUAACCGGUGUUCGAAGAAGGCACAGCAGCCCCAGCAGCCUCAGCAGCCACAGCAGCAGCAGCAGCCCCGUCAGCAGGCUCAGAGGCCACCACAGCAGCAGCAGCAGCAAAGGGACAGACAACAGGCCCGAGUAUACGCAGUCGAUCAGGUCGAGGCCGAACAGCAGCCAGGUACUAUGUCAGGGAUGAUCCUACUAAAUAAUAUUCCUGUUUUCGCUUUGUUCGAUACUGGAGUGACGCAUUCUUUCAUUUCACGACGAUGUCUUGAUGCCAUCGGAGUUCACGCUACCACCGCUAUCGAUCCUCUCGAGGUGAGUUUAGCCUCGGGACGAAAGAUAGUGACUUCAGCUAAAGCUUCAGAUCUCAGCCUUACCGUCGGUGGUCGUUCAUUGUCUGCCGACGCGUAUGUUCUUGAGAUGAGGGACUUCGACCUCAUUCUCGGGAUGGAUUGGCUAUCCUUUUAUCAUGCAGAUAUCAAAUGUCAUGACCGGGAGAUUACUCUCUAUCUUCCGGGAGACGAUUCGAUUACUUUCUUUGGCAGCAAGAAUCGUUCAUUACCCCAAGUCGUUUCAAUGGCGAAAGCUACCAAGUUAUUGCGACGAGGCAACUGCCAGGGUUAUCUGGUGAGCCUUGUCGAUGAUUCUCAGAAAGCACGAUCACCUCACGAUGUCCCAGUUGUUCGUGAGUUUGUGGUCGUGUUCCCAGACGAGCUUCCAAGAGGACCGCCUAACCGGCAGGUGGAGUUCUCUAUCGAUCUCAUUCCAGGAGCCGGCCCAGUAUCGAAAGCCCAAUACCGUAUGGCGCCUAAGGAGUUGCAGGAGCUUAAGGCGCAGAUUCGAGAGUUAUUACGACUUGGUUUCAUCCGACCAAGCGUGUCACCUUGGGGAGCACCCGUUCUCUUUGUCAAGAAGAAGGACGGAUCCAUGCGCAUGUGUAUCGACUACCAGGAUCUUAACCGGUUGACGAUCAAGAACAAGUAUCCGCUUCCCAGAAUCGACGACUUAUUUGAUCAGUUGAGGGGAGCCUGUGUGUUUUCAAAGAUUGAUUUACGAUCAGGCUACCACCAGCUAAAGAUUAAGGAGUCAGAUAUCGCUAAGACUGCUUUUAGGACUCGUUACGGCCAUUACGAGUUCGUUGUCAUGCCAUUCGGCCUCAGUAAUGCUCCAGCGGUUUUCAUGGACCUGAUGAACCGUAUUUUCCAUCCCUACCUCGAUCAGUUUGUUAUUGUCUUUAUUGACGAUAUUCUUAUUUACUCGAAGAGCCAGAAGGAGCACGAGGAGCAACUGAGGGUGGUUCUCGAAACCCUCAGACGAGAAAAGUUGUAUGCCAAAUUCUCCAAAUGCGAGUUCUGGCACCAGCGAGUAGCUUUUCUGGAUCAUGUGAUUACUCAGGAAGGUAUCGAGGUGGAUCCUUCUAAAGUUUCAGCUGUUCAGAACUGGUCGACACCAAAGAGUCUGUCCAAGGUUCGCAGUUUUCUCGGUCUAGCUGGCUAUUAUCGCAGGUUCAUCGGGGGAUUUUCUAAGAUUGCCCUCCCACUAUCCCAGCUGACGAGGAAGUCUGUGAGGUUCGAGUGGACUGAUCGUUGUGAGGCGAGCUUUCAGGAGCUCAAGCGGAGAUUAACUUCAGCCCCGGUGUUGACUAUUCCCGAUCCUUCUCGGAGUUUCACCAUUUUCAGUGAUGCUUCGAAGCAAGGACUGGGAUGUGUACUCAUGCAGGACGGCCAGGUCAUUGCCUACGCUUCACGUCAGCUCAAGCCGCACGAACAGAACUAUCUGACGCACGACUUGGAGUUAGCUGCCGUUGUACACGCCCUCAAGAUUUGGCGACAUUAUCUUUACGGCGGUCGUUGCGAGAUUUUCACAGAUCAUAAAAGCCUGCAGUACAUCUUCAUGCAGAAGGAGCUUAACAUGAGACAACACCGUUGGCUCGAGCUCGUCAAAGAUUACGAUUGCUCGAUUCAGUAUCAUUCGGGGAAGGCGAACGUCGUUGCCAAUGCCCUAAGCCGAAAGGUGAGGGGUGACUUGACGUACGUCGUUACUCAGCAGAGUCCGUUGAUUCAGGAGUUCGCCCGGAUGCAGCUUCAGGCG